AGACGCCUAAAGUAAAAUCUUUCAAAAUUCCGCCCUCAUUGAAAAGAAACUUUUCCAAAACGGAGACCUUUAGAGGACCUAUGUCAGUGCUAAACUAUUUAUUAUUAAUCUUUAAUCAAAAUAACGCACCCACAAGGACUCAUCAUAAUUUAGAACUACUGAACUCUAUAACGUAACCCUGCGAGUGAAAGUUUUUACUAUUGAAAAAAAACAACAAUCAAUCAAAUAACAACUAUAACAUACAAUUUACCAUAAAAAAAAAUUUUUUUUUGAGCUAAAACAACAAAUAACUCCUUCAAGCUGCUGCUGCUAAGAAUUACCCCUUUACUUUUAACUAUAACUUAUAAAGGGAAUUGUAAACAAUUAAAAAUUGUUCAACAACGAAAACGCAAAAAGAAAAGAAGAAAGAAAUUCUUCUCUAUUUCAUAAAAAUUCCCCCAAAACCUAAGAAAAGUCCAAAAAGAAAAUCUUUUUUAAAAAACACAAAUUCUUAAACGAAACGUCAAAAAAAAAGCUACUCAAAAUUUCAUUAGAGAGCCUAAGCAGUGUUAAAAAAAACAUAGAAUUACGAAAUAGAGUGUUUAAACUUCGUAAAAGACAGUAAUUAAACAAAAAAAACCUAGAAGUUUGUUAAUUUAUAAAGAAAAAAAAACCCAAAUUUAAAUUUUUUUUUAAACAAAGUUUAAAAAUAAUUUACAACCAUUCAUAAUCUACGUAGAAAACGCCGAAGAAAGAAAAUUAAA